AUGGACGCGUCUGAUGCAUCUCUACCGCCACGCGACCAUACAUGUACAUCAUCCACCAUGGACCCCAGCACAGCAUUCACAUCAUCCUCCGACUCACCCCUGGCAGCCCACCUCGCGCCCAGCAACCUGCCCAUAUCCCGUAUAACGCGCGCAUGGGAUCGCAAACCACAAUCGCCUUUCUCACGCAAGAAGGUGCGCUUCGGGAAAGUCUGGAAACGCAAUGGCACUGCGCUCAACCACAAUGCGCCAAGCACCAUGUUCGGAGGCGCAUCGGGCAUGUUCGAUGCGAUAGGCGCAGACUCUCCCGCCAGGGCUGUGAAGAAGAUGCGCACCGAUGAUGGAGAGCGUGUUAAUGCUUGGGAGGGACGGGGCAGUCCCACUAACAGGCGUAUCGUGACGCGAGGGAAUCAUUCUGGGGAGGAGCUAAUUGCCUUGGAGGAAGAGGAGGAGGCAAUCCAGCAGGACCAUCAAGAGGAGGUGCUCAAUGUUGAGGUCGUCAAUGAGGAUGGCACUGUUGAAGAGGUCGCCGAGGCAGGCGACUUGGCACAAGAAGAGUGGGAGGACGAGAGCGUGGCAGAUGAGGCAGACGCAGAUUCUGGUGCUGGCACUGCAACGAAUCAUGACCCGAACCAUGCUACCAGUAUUGACGACGACACGGCUGAAGUGCAGCCCGAGCCUCAAGAGCGCGGCGAAGAGCCCCAUGAUGUAUCAGCAUGUCAGACGGGCAGCGAGGGUACAACAGACCACAAGGUUCUGGAAGCGAUGGUGCCACACUUACCACAAACUACAGCCAUACCCGACGGCUUCGUCUCGCCUGUCAAGGAGCGACGGCGAAGGCCGAUCAGCCAGGUCAGGCAGGCGAAUGCGAAUCGCCGACGGACAUUGCCUACAAACUUCGCGACCCAACCAAGUGCGAUAGAGACUCUCACGAGCAGGGCUGAAGGUGACGGUGCUGUGCAGUCAGAGUCUGUCUCCACAAGUGAGAUGCGCACCGGAAGAGAGCCAUCAGCACAGACGACAGCGGAGCCUGAUCGAUCGAGUGAGCAGGAAGCGCAGCUGGAAGUCAUGCACACCGAAGACAAUUCUGCCCCGGAGCCCAGCUCACAUGACGCGCCGGACGGAGAAUGGGAAGAUGUCGAGGAUGAUGGGACUCUACAGCCGGCCGCAAGAGAAGCCACACCGGAGCCUUUCGAACAGUCUGGCUGGGUUGAAACGGUAGAGAAUACCCCUAGCUCAGAGGAGGAGGCCUUGGAAGACGCCAGACGCUACUCAUCGCAAAUUCGAGAACAAUUGAAUACCCUUGGGUCACCGAGCAAACUACCAUCAAGCCCGAUCCCAAACAUCGAAGGCCAGCAUCCACGACUUCCACUUCGCAGAUCGCCAAGAAGGCAGUCAACCAGUCCGUUCAAGAAGGGCAGCUUGCGGCCCUUCGACAAACCACAUCUCGUAGCCUUUACACCGGUCAAGAUGCCAGUCUAUAGAUCUACACAAGGCGAUGAUCCUUUCCGCAGCUCUCCUUUGCCUGAGAGUGCAGCUGCGAUUGCAAUGGGUGUGGACGACAUGGACGUACCGCAGGUCACGCGCUCAUCGUCUGCGCCGCCUGAGGAGCCACAGAUGUCUCCUCAAAAACCAAAGCAGCCUCGCAUAUCAGAUGACACUGCUUUGCUACAAGCAUUCCUGAAACGGGCGACUGAGAGCAAGAGCGGUACAAACAUGUCGGCAACUGCUCGACGGGAAUCUUUCGAAAACAGGCGCAACUCAGAUACUGUGCGACAAGCACUGGCCAGCCCAGCUGCAAAUGUAGCGCCGUUCGAAGUGCUUGCAGAUCGUGAUCCCAACAGUCCGUCACCGCGCAAACAGAAUAUGCUUACGGAAGCAGAGACGAAAUCAUCAGCUUUGCAAGAAGAUCAGAUUGAGUUCGAUCCGUUGUCACCAGGGAGAACAUCUCGAAGAAGCGGACGGUCGAAGAAAACAUCACAGCAGGAUCCACCUACCACAUCUUUCUUGAGACCAAACAAGAUCACUGUCAGAGGGAGUCAAGAUCCGAUCGUGCUAAAAAAGAGUGAAGCGCAAGAGCUGGCCUACCUCACCAAAGCCAACACUCGGAAGAACAAGGGUGGGUCCGUGCUUCCGCCACUGAAGCUCACGCGAAUGGCUAAAGAUGGUGCACUUGAGGAGCUCCCUGCAGCAGAUCCUGCUACCAUCGAUGUCGACCAGCCAGGACGGAAAGGCGUAAAGUGGGCAGAAACGCUUGUGGCAUUUUAUGAGGGUGGCAACGAGCCUGCGGAGUCGACGAUGAUGGACGAGCUCAAUGCAACAGAUCCUGUACCGGAUCCCACUGCAGCCGCUGACCACGAGAUGACGGGCGUGCCUGCAGUAUCCGCGCCCAGCGAAACGCCGAGCAAGCCAAAGCUUCGUCGACUGAAGCCUCCAAGGACUGCAUCGACUCCCGGCAAGGCGCCGCCGCCGCCAGCUGAAGUCCCGUCAUUACAACCUGAGCAGUCUAAGGUGACCAAACCGAAGGCCCCAAGCACGACGAAACGAAGAUCACGCCUGGCAACACCAGCGAAGCCGAAGGACGGUGUGACUGCUGCUGUUGUCGACCCGCCAAAGGAAGAAGGGCCUUUAAUAAAGCCCAUCGAGGAGAAGGCCGCCACAGAAAAGAUCCCCGUUCCUAAGAAGAAGCCCACAUCUCGCCUUCCAGCACCAGGUUCGAUCGCCAGGCCGCUCGCUCAGGGCAAGGAGAAUGCCAUAACAGCAUCACCGCCCAAGAAGUGUGCGAAAGCGCCAGCUGCGUCAGAUGCUAGAAACGUAAACUCAGCGAAGGUGUUCGCACCUAAGCUUGACUUCAAAUCGUCCACAGAUGCCCCUGCGCCUGGAGUCGCCAGUCCUCCGAAGAGAGUAGCGAGGGGCAAUCUCUUCGCUGGCGGACUAGGCGAGGCUGAGGGGAGCGCUGUGAAGGGACGACAAGAGGUGCCGCCAAGUUUGGGCAGUCCGGCGAAGAAGAGGAGUCGGAGAGUCGCUGGAUAG